AUGGCAUCCUAUGGGCUCCUCGAUCAACCAGAAGAAGAUGCUCUCCAUAAGUCGCGCCUUUUGAACGUCGAAGAAAAGCCCUUCAAGCGGAUUUCCAAACGUCUUUUGCACCCGGAAUCUGUGGUUCUUUCGAAUUCGACCCUCCCUCCGACCCCUCCACCCGACGCGACUGAUGAAAAUGCGGCGGCCACCGUAGAGGCCGAGAAGCAAAAAAGACUGGAGGAAUGGCGUCAAUUCCGCGAAGACGCGGCGCUGGACUUUGCUGCUUUUGAAGGCAGCAUUGCGCGCAUUCAAUUUCUUUUCACAAGUAACGAGAAGGAGCGUGAGCGCUAUGCAGCCGAGAAGCUUCGGAUUCUCUCCACCAUGCAAUCCGUGCGCGAAAACACGGCAGAACUGCGGGUCCAGCUAGAUGAGGCACAGCGUCUGCUAGCUUUGCGGAAAAGUUACGAUGACCUGGCCGACAAAAUUACAAGUAAUCGCCUUUUGAAGCCGAGAGAAGAUCAGCAGGCCAAUUUACAGAAGCUACAGACGGAGAUCACUGAGUUAGAAAAGGAAAGCAGGGACUACGCCACUACAUGGGCUGAACGGAGGGAGCAAUUUGGUCGCAUUGUGGAAGAGGGAAUGCAACUACGACGACUCAUUCGAGAUGAGAAGGAAGAGGUGGAACGUAGAGAAGGCAUGCAGGAAGGUGAGGAUGGAGAUGACGCGGACAUCCCUUCGAAAGGAAAAUCUAGCGGCGCCAAUACCCCUCGGCCUGAUGGCGAGAGUGUCACUCCCUCUCAGCAAAGCCAGGAUGAGGCUGGACGAUCACCGGCCGGUCUACAUGCAGAAAAAUUGUCCACAACUGGAGCGGCAUCGCCAUUGCGAAAAGUCAUUGCCGCCGACGAUGAGAACAAACCCUCUCCCGACAAAGAAGAUGCUAAUAUGGUGGAUGAAGGUGAAAUAACCGGGGGCGAGAACGCCGAUCAAUCUGAUGAAUUGGAGGAAGGGGAGGAAGUCCCAGACGACCGCACAGCUGAUAAAAUGGAUACUACUUGA